AUGGAAGGCACCGGCCGGCGGUUUGGAUUUAUCACGAUUACGUAUGUUUUUGCAGAGCUCGGCGAUGCGGCCCUGUCCAUGGUCCAGGAGGAGCUCACGUGUCGGACGGCCGCCUCCGAGUUCUUGCAGGUGGCCAAGCUGUCUGCCUCAAGAUGGUUGUCACCACAGACAUGGCCGGCACCAGCCGACGACUUGCUCGAGAAGUGUGCGCUUGAAGGGAGCGCUUGUGCAGAUCGGUGGGAAAGCAGUCGCUGCACAGCAGAUAGCCUGUUGUUGCCGCCAAUACUGCGGCAAUGCGCGGAGAUGUCGGACGUUCUUCGGCGCUGGAAUGUCUCACAUGAAGAGCCGCCGGAAGGAGUGCUGUCGGAGCGGCUUAGCGAGAUAAUGCAGGCCUUCGGCCAUUUUCUCCGUGCUCAUCAGAUCAAAGCAGAGGUUCUUGCUUUGGCGCCCACCUGGUCAGACAGGAAGGACUUAUUCGCUGGAUCAGUGGUCUCUGAGUUGGAGAACGUCUUCGGGCUUAUGCUGCGAUCAGCACUUCUUCGAUUUGCAACGCAAACACCGCUGAUCCAGUCACAUUGCGCCUGCCGGGACACCCCGGAAACAAAUUCUUUGCUCUUUGAUGCUUUCGACGAGAUCCGCACUGGCCGCCGCACGAGCUUCGGCAUCUUCCAAUGUGGCACGCUCAUCUACGAGCCCGACUAUUCCAAUGUCGCACACCUGCUGGACCUGGUAACACAUACCUCGCCACAGCGCUGCAUACCGUUGGAUGUCAUGGUUCGUGCAGCUUGCGCAUGCCGAGCCGCCGCGAAUCAGGAGGUUCGUGCCGUCCGCAAGCUACUGGAUGAGGCCGUAAACUUGAUGGCCUUGGCAACGGAUUGCUUUGAUCACACUCCUUGGACUUCGUGGACAGGACACGGUGAAGACGGCAACGACCUUCCAGCAUCCCUCUUGGGGAACGAGGUUUUCUACAACUGGGCGCGGCGUCCGUCAGCAGAGGACGACGUGCCCUGGAAGUGGGAAGUGCUUCCCACGCCGGUGCCCAGGGGAGGAGGCUUUGAUCGUUCCAUCUGCCAAUCGGAGUUGGGCACAGUGUGUGUGCACCUUGACAGUGGGAAGAUAAAUGCCCUUGGAGGAAGAGGCCUGGCACGUGGCACGCCGGCCUACUUGCUGCAGUGUGGCGAUAGCUACGGCGAGUGGCGCCGGAUCACGCUGUGGGCCAAGCUUCCACGACUAGUUGAGCAGAAAGGCACGGCAUGGAUACUUCACGUCUCCAGCUUGGCAAUCUCGAAUCUUUGGCACCUCUUGCAUGUGUUGACUCCAGCCCUGGCCGACAGUGCGUGCAAGGAGGAGUGCGAGAUAUUGAUCGAUGGCCUGAUGAUGGACCGCGAAUGGGCCGAAGGGUUGUCAGCAUCAGAUGCUCUUCGGCAAAGUUUCGCUUGGCCCUUCCUGCAGCUCCUGAGCCGAAGGACGCCCAUGCUGAUCGGAGAACCAAACAUCGGGCAGCCGCCUCAAAGAUGCUUCCAACAUGCGUAUUGGGGCUACAAGGGCGUGACGCUGUUUGGGAGGGACAAAGGCGGCUUGAGCACAUCAUCCUCUCGACUUGCAGUGGAUCGCGUGGCUGCUGGCUUCUCCACGGCGGGCGUUUCUGCAUGGAGCCAGGCUUCCAGGACGAGUCAGGAAAGCGCAACCAGCUGGCGCAUGCUGCUCAUCGAGCGACGGCCGCCUGCGAGACGCGCGCUUGUGAACAGCAAGCAAGUCGUCAGUUUGCUUCGCUCGGGCCUUCUUCGCCGCCGCGCAGCAGCUUUUUGGGCAGACUUCGCACAUGAGGAUCUGAAGUCUGAUGUACGAGGCCAAUGGCAGCUGGCAGCUUCAGCGAGCAUCCUUAUAGGUGCUCACGGAGCUGGCCUCGCUUGGGGGGCAUUCAUGUCGGUUGGAAGUGUCAUCAUUGAGCUGAUGCCUCACAUGCAGAUCCUGCACCAGCAGCUUUGCCGUGUUCAACCGGGUGAAACGAUGGCAUGGGAUGCAACGCCAAUGUAUGCGUAUGGGGGCCUGUCAACUUUAUUCGGGUUGCACCAUGCUUGCCUCAUCGGCCUGCCAACUUCUCCGGAAGCUACCAGGUCCUCCUUGGGCUCGGAGCUGGGCGCCUGGUGGUCAUCAGACGUCUUGGCGAACCUCACAGCCUUGAACCUCACCUUGCUCACUGCGUUGGAAUGCUUGGAGAUGCCGUCUGGACAAACUUGCGAGCGUUGGUCAAAAGAAGAUGCACCACACUCGCACCCGGGCGAUGCCGCAGAGGUGCCGCAAGAAGCUAUGGGUCUAACCCUGGGACCUCGACUCUCAGCAAUGGACGCACAGAACCCACAGCCAUAG